UUUCUUCUUGACACCGACUUGCAGGUUAAAGGUGGCAAAAGAUUGUACAUAAUGGUGCAAUCUAAUUGUUAUGCUGAAUCAUUCUAGUUUUACCCGAGAUAUUUAGACCCUGGCGAUAAUAAAAGAGUGACAGUCUUCAAGAUAAGUUCAGUGAGCUGUUUUUGCUCCUGCGGCACGUUACUGAGCAGCACGACUACUGGUAUAACAGACAUGCCGGUCAAGCAAGGAAAAAAUGCAAACGUUGCGUUUGAGGACGCCAUGGAUAUUGCUGGUUACGGAAAGUUCAGCAUGUUCAUCAUCAUCCUGGCUGGACUGGCCAUGUGCACAUCACUGCUGGGAUCUGUCGACGUGUCAUUCAUCCUUCCUGCCGCAGAAUGUGAUCUCAAACUGUCAUCCAAGGACAAGGGUCUCCUUAGUUCAGCGUUCUUUAUAGGUACAAUAGCCGGAUCCCACCUGUCCGGUUACCUGGCCGAUACUCUGGGGAGGAGAUAUGUUCUGAUGAGAGGAUUGUCACUCAAUGUCUUGUUCUACAUCUUGGGCACGUUUGCUCCCAACUAUUGGUCAUUUUUCAUAGUCAAGGUUGCAUCUGGAAUCUUGUGUUGCCCUGCAAUGAUCGCUACAGUUCCACUACUCGGCGAGUUUGUUCCAUCUAAGAGAAGAGCACAAUCACUGCUCAUUUGCACGUCACUCGCCUCCAUAGGUCUUCUCUACUCUGCCUUAAUCGGAUGGUUGACGUUACAAGCUUCCUGGAAAUUGGACCUCUGGUUCAUUACAUUCACUCCUUGGCGACUCUUUUUCCUGUUAUGUGGAGUCCCUAGCGUGAUCUCCAGCUUACUGUUUUGCAUGACGCCGGAAAGUCCCAAAUUUAUGCUCACUAGAGGAAAGAGUGAGGCCUCUCUAAAAAUACUUCAGAGAGUUCACUCAGUAAACUCUGGGAAGAUUCUUGGCAGUUAUCCUGUAGAAUCAGUAAAAAUGGACGCCAAUGAGGUACCCGCGCCACAACCAUCUGGAGGAAAAGGGGUGAUGCCGGUCUUAAAACACAUUUGUGACCAGACCUUGCCUCUGUUCAAGCCUCCAUUCUUGAAGAAUUUAGUUCUUUGUGUUAUAUUGAUGGUUGACAUUUGCUUAUGUGUAAACACCAUAUUCCUCUGGUUACCUGAGAUCACGAACCGUAUGGCGUUCUACAAGGAGUCUCACGAGGGUGACUUCUCAAUGUGUGAGAUGGUGACCAAGCGAGAGAAUCUCACUUCUAGCCUUAAUACCACUAGCGCCCCAGUGGAGUGUAACGCAACUAUAAACACUGCUGUCUUUAUACCUAACGUCCUUAUAUCACUGGUACAGCCAAUAAUUAUGUUGGCUGCCAGUGUCAUCGUGCCUUUGUUUGACAGAAGACAUAUUCUUUCUGUUAUACUAAUAUUAUGCGGAUGUAUGGCGUUUCUUCUCACUGUGGUUCGAGAUACGUCUAUCAUAAUUAUGCUGUUUGGAGGGAUGCCCAUCUUGUCCGGGGUCUGCUACAACGUUCUCUCCAGUAUUCUGAUUGAACUCUUCCCAACUUACAUCAGAGCUAUGGCUGUGUCGGUGAACAUGAUCUGUGGACGACUCGGUGCUAUAAUCGGUUCCCAGGUAUUCUGUAAGUUUGAUAUGUUACAGAGCUAUGGCUGUGUCGGUGAACAUGAUCUGUGGACGACUCGGUGCUAUAAUCGGUUCCCAGGUAUUCUGUAAGUUUGAUAUGUUACAGAGCUAUGGCUGUGUCGGUGAACAUGAUCUGUGGACGACUCGGUGCUAUAAUCGGUUCCCAGGUAUUCUGUAAGUUUGAUAUGUUACAGAGCUAUGGCUGUGUCGGUGAACAUGAUCUGUGGACGACUCGGUGCUAUAAUCGGUUCCCAGGUAUUCUGUAAGUUUGAUAUGUUACAGAGCUAUGGCUGUGUCGGUGAACAUGAUCUGUGGACGACUCGGUGCUAUAAUCGGUUCCCAGGUAUUCUGUAAGUUUGAUAUGUUACAGAGCUAUGGCUGUGUCGGUGAACAUGAUCUGUGGACGACUCGGUGCUAUAAUCGGUUCCCAGGUAUUCUGUAAGUUUGAUAUGUUACAGAGCUAUGGCUGUGUCGGUGAACAUGAUCUGUGGACGACUCGGUGCUAUAAUCGGUUCCCAGGUAUUCUGUAAGUUUGAUAUGUUACAGAGCUAUGGCUGUGUCGGUGAACAUGAUCUGUACACGACUCGGUGCUAUAAUCGGUUCCCAGGUAUUCUGUAAGUUUGAUAUGUUACAGAGCUAUGGCUGUGUCGGUGAACAUGAUCUGUGGACGACUCGGUGCUAUAAU